UCGUGGUGGCCCGGUGGCUGCUGGCAGGGUGGCUGCCUCUCGCGUGCUCUCUCUUUUGCUCGCUCGCUCGCUACCCCCGCGCCGCACCAGCCGCGACUUUUCCAGCAGCUUUUCCAGCAGCUGCGCCCGCCCGCGCUGCCAGUGCGGGCCUCGCCGCCAGCCAGACUCGAGUUUCGCCUUUUCAGCUGUCUUGGUCAAAAUGGAGCCUCUUGAAGUAUGAACGACGAGCGCGAGGAGGGCCGCGACCUCGAGAGGUAUUUGGAAGAGCACCCCGACUUUGUGCGCAACUGGAUCGCCGAGAAUGGCGACUCGAAGCUGCUGGCCACCCUGCUCGAGAAGCACCAGCAGCGGACCAGUCUCAACAACGGCUGCUCGGAUGACGAGGCGUCCGACGAGCAGCCGCCCGUCCGGCCCCUGCCCCGCAGCAAACGCAAUUCGGUGACGUCCGAACUCUUCCAGAUGCUCAUCACCUCGCCGCAGAGAAAAGGGUCCAGCGCUAAAAGUAUAAACAUGUGCGGAGAGUCGAACCCGUCCGCCUUGUCGAGACGCAACCUCGCGACCCUGGAUGAAAACGAGCUGUUCAUGGAGCUAAUCCGAGACGUGGCCAAUGAGCUCGACAUCAACGUGCUCUGCCACAAGAUCCUGGUCAACGUGGAGCUGCUCACGCACGCAGAUCGGGGCUCGCUGUUCCUGGCCAGAGGCCCUAGGGACGGCAGGUAUCUGGUGCCCAAACUGUUUGACGUCACCGUGGAAACAGACCUGGAGGAGGCGGUGCACAGAGCUCAGUUGGAGGAAAUCCGCAUUCCCUUCGGUCUGGGCAUCGCAGGCAGCGUGGCGCACACCAAAGAAGUGAUCAACAUCACAAACGCCUACGAGGACUCGCGCUUCAACGCCGAGAUUGACAUGAAGACGGGCUAUAAGACGGACGUGAUUUUAUGCUUGCCAAUUUGCAACUACGAGGGCGAGGUGAUCGGCGUGGCGCAGAUCAUCAACAAGACGGAUGGAUCCAAGGAAUUCACGCAGAGAGACGUCGAGGUGUUUCGGAGGUACUUGACGUUCUGCGGCAUUGGAAUUCAAAAUGCACAGCUUUUCGAGAUGUCGGUGCUUGAGUACCGUCGCAACCAGAUCCUUCUAAAUUUAGCCCGGAGCAUCUUCGAGGAGCAGAACAACCUGACAUGCCUGGUGUCCAAAAUAAUGAAGGAGGCGAGGGAUUUGCUCAAAUGCGAGCGCUGCACCGUAUUCCUGAAGGACCUGCCCGACUGCUCUGAGCCCAGCCACUUUGAGAACAUCUUGAUAGGACCGAGCUACUCCGAGAAGCAAGAGCCCAGCCAACCGCUGUGCAGACGAGAGAGCAAAAAUUUGACGGUUGAAGACGUUUAUCAGCACAAAGGCAUCCAGUUUCACACGGUGUUCGAGCUGAAGCUCAACGAGGACAUCGGUUCCGUGCACAGGCCGACGAUGAUGGAACUCUGCAAUUCGACCUUGGCACAGGUUGCCAAAUACGUCGCUGGCACAAAUCAGAUUUUGAACAUUGGCGACGUGUCCGCGUGGAUGAAGCAAGAAGUGAAGGAGGAAGACGGAUUUGUGACCAGAAGCAUCCUUUGCAUGCCUAUCGUGAAUGGGCAGAAGAGCGUCAUCGGUGUCGCCCAGAUGAUCAAUAAGACGAAUGGCACGCCGUUUAACGACAGCGAUGUUUCCAUAUUCGAGGCCUUUGCAAUUUUCUGCGGACUCGGCAUUCACAACACGCAGAUGUACGAAAACGCUUGUAAGCUGAUGGCCAAGCAAAAGGUUGCUCUCGAAUGCCUGUCAUACCACGCGGCCGCCUCGUGCGAAGACACGGAAAAGCUGAACAAAGAGCAAAUUCCGUCUGCUGAAAAGUUUAAUCUGUAUAGUUUCAAGUUUAUCGACUUCAGCCUGGAGGAGAACGACACGUGUCGGGCCUGCUUGCGGAUGUUCAUGGAGCUCAACCUGAUUAACCGUUUCCACAUUCCAUACCACGUGCUGUGCAGGUGGGUGCUGAGCGUUAAAAAGAACUACCGUCCGGUCAAGUACCACAACUGGAGACACGCGCUCAACGUCGGCCAGACCAUGUUUGCCAUGCUCAAAACUGGACGCAUGGAACAAUUCAUGAAGGAUCUCGAGAUUUUCGGACUGUUGGUUGCGUGCCUGUGUCACGACCUGGACCACCGAGGCACGAACAACUCUUUCCAGACAAAGACGGAAAGUCCCCUUGCAAUACUGUACACGACCAGCACCAUGGAGCACCACCACUUCGACCAGUGCGUCAUGAUCCUCAACAGCGAGGGCAACAACAUUUUCCAGGCUCUCUCUACUGAGGAUUACCGGAUCGUAAUGAAAGUGGUGGAAAACGCAAUUUUGUCCACCGACCUGGCCAUGUACUUCAAGAAACGAAGCAACUUUCUCGAGUUGGUGGAUAACGGCGAGUUUGACUGGCAGAGUGAAGAGAAAAAAGAGGUCUUGUGCGGAAUGAUGAUGACGGCGUGCGACGUGAGUGCCAUCUCCAAACCGUGGGAGAUCCAGCACAAGAUGGCCAAGUUGGUGGCAGACGAGUUCUUCGACCAGGGCGACCUGGAAAAAUUAAAACUCAAUGAGCAGCCAAUAGCUAUGAUGGACAGAGAGAGAAAAGACGAACUGCCCCAAAUGCAAGUGGGCUUUAUCGAUGUGAUUUGCAAGCCGUUAUACAAGGUUUUAUCCGACACAUUCCCGUGGAUGCUGCCUUUGUACGAGGGCUGCAUGGAGAACAGAAAGAACUGGCAGGAUUUGGCGGAAAAGGUGGAAAUGGGUCUCACGUGGAUCGACCACGACACUAUCGACAAGCCCAUCGAGGAGUUCGCUAAGUCGUUUGAGCCUGAGGAUAUUGAAUUUACUGUAACCACUUUACACCAAGAAAAGAAGCAAUUUUCCGAGCACCCAGGCCGUCUGUCGCGAAACUCGAAGCGGAACGGCGGGCACCGUUUCAGCAGCCUGCGCCACUACACAUUCAAAUCCAAAGACAAAUCUUUCGACAAGGGCACUUCAGCCAAGACGAGUCCACCAACCCCAACUAAAGAGUACAGUCCGCCGGAGUCUGAGUGCGCCAGGCCGGAGAAGACAAUCACAGAAGCAAGGGCCCAGUCGCCGGUGAGCUCGGCCAAAUCGGAGCAGUCGGCUGUAGAGACGAGAAAUGGAUGCGCCUCGCCGGCUGAGGUGCUCAAGAAGAAGAAGAAAAAGUGCAUCAUUAUGUGAGGAGCGGGACUCCGAGUAAUGUGUAGCAUUAAGAUUUGUGUUUGGUUUAAUGGUCGGUGUUCCCGAAAUUUAAUCAAGCUCAAAAUUAAUGAGAAAAAUGAAUCUCACGCGUGCUCCAAGGAAAUUAGUUAUUUUCUGCGAAAACAUUAAAUAAUAAUCUAGUCAAAGUGUGUAUAAGAUUUCCGAAGAUGCUGCAGUUGCUAAUUUUCAAUUUGAUAAAAGCGACCGAGAGAAAAUAUAUAUAUACCGACAAUAAUUUCAGGAUUAUUUGAUUUUCUGCAAAAAACCAAGCAGCUGCAGUAAUAUUUGCAAUGUAAACUUUGUAUAGUAGGUCACGGCCUAUAGUCGAUUAUUAAAUAAUAUUUUUAAAAACCAAAUAAAUAAAAUUAAGUCAAAUUUUUAAAAUGAUGACAAACCAUGUAUAUAAAUAAAUUCAAUGCCGCUUAAAUCGUCACACUUUAUAUUUUGUACUGAAAAAAAAUCACAACUGUUGUGCAUAAAAGCUGUACUAAAAUCAAGAAGUUGUAUGACAUCUAAAUUAAAAAGACUGUGUAGAUGUAAGGAAGACAAUGAUGUUCCAUGUUUCUCAAGCAUUAAUUCAAAAUUAACUUUUAAAAGAUAACACGAUGGAUCACUACCAAGUUUAGGCUUUUAAUGGCUACAGUUCAUGUAGGUGUUAAAAAAUAAAAUAAAUUUGUUGAAAGUAAAAUA